AUGGGAGUUAAAACUGCAAAUCGAUCAACUAUUUAUCUUAAAGGAAUUUAUCCAGCAGAAGAUUUUAAAAUAGUUAAAAAAUAUGAUAUUAGAUUAGUAAUGACAAUUGAUGAUUCAUUAAUAUUUUAUUUAAGAAAACUUUUACCACAAGUUGAAGCUUGGUUGAUGGCAGGAAAGAUUCAAAAACUUGUAAUGGCAAUUAUAGAUUGUGAUUCUAGAGAAACUUUAGAGAGAUGGCAAUUUGAUAUACAAGUUAUUGAUGAUUUUAAUACAUCUACAACCAAUAAUAACAAUAAUAACAAUAAUAAUACUUCAAUUACAACGAAAAAAGAAAAAACAAUAAAAGAAAUUCAAACAGAAAUUCGAGAAAUUAUUCGUCAAAUAACUUCGAGUGUUAGUUUUUUACCUACAUUGAUUGAUAAAUGCACAUUUAAUAUAUUAGCAUAUACAGAUAAAGAUGCCGAAGUACCAGUUGAAUGGGGAGAUUCCGAUCCUCACAUUAUUGAAAAUGCUGAACAAGUACGACUUCGAUCUUUUUCUACUAAUUAUCAUAGAGUUGAUUCGAUGGUUUCUUAUAAAUUAGAAGAUUUAUAA